UACACUGUAUUUGUUUUUACAGGAUAUUCUGCUCAUGAGUAUUUAUACUUUGAAAUCCUUGAACCAGAAUCAUUGAAUUACGUAUUUAAAGUUCGUCAAGCAAGGACAUUUGGAGGAAUAUUUAAUUUGCAGUAUAGCCGCAUAAGUCUUGUUUUAGCAGAUCCCCUGCAUGGAUGUUCGAGAUUGCAAAAUCAGUAUUUAGUAGAAAAUAGUGUUGUAUUGAUUCAGAGGGGGGAAUGCUCUUUUCUUUCAAAAACCUUUAAUGCCGAGCAAGCAGGUGCUAUGGCAACAAUAAUAUACGACAAGGAUUCGAGUAGUGAUUGGCAGUUCAUUGACAUGGUUGAUGAUGGUACUAACAGGCUGGUCAAUAUUCCUGCUGUGUUCCUUCUAGGAAGAGAUGGGUAAGUGAGCAAUUGGCUUACAAAUGGUGUAGUGGCAAGGGAAAGGUGGGGAAGGAGACUCUCCACAAACUAGCCUUUAUGCCUCCUAGCUCAAGGUUCAGUUGGUGGACAUUUCCUUAGAUAAGAACUCAAUGCCAAAGGCCUAGUGUACACAUCUUUCACAUGUUCACUGAAGAAUUCAGUGCAUCCUUUUAAAAGAAUAGGAAGGGGGCCUACUGUACACCAGUACUCUGGUUCACUUUAGACCCUUUCGUUUUGGAAGGAUGUAAUUACUGAACGCCUCUACCUGUAUUUUAUUGACCAGUAGGUUUUUCAAAUAUACACCAUAUACAAAGCAUCUUGAAUAGUAUAGUUAAUAUAUAAAAUAAGUAGGAUUGCACAAAGUAGAAACAUAUACGUUAACAUAAAGAUAUUUUAAUUUGAAUAUUUCGAGACCCCCUGUGCUCUUCCUCAGCAAUAACACGUUUGAUUGAAAAAGUCUUUCAACCUAGCAGACAAGAAUAAAUAAAUAAAGUAAUGACUACGAUAAAUUGCUGAGGAAUGUCCAAUCUAUAUGUAUAUACUAUUGCAGCAGUAGUUUGGUGCACAGCUGGAUUGGUCAAUUCCUCACUGUGCAUUUCACUUUUGUAGUUGAGCAAGGAAGUUUUUAUGGGUACCCGGUGGGGUUCCCUGCUUCUGUGCUGCAUACAGCAGCAACACUUCAGCAUGUGGACCCAUUGA